AUGCACGUACAACGGAGCUACACAAAUCCUAUCACACCUAACAUCCUCCCAGCCAUGCAACUCGCCCUCGAAAUCCUCGGCUACCCAACCUACCACAUGACCUCCAUGAUCCGCGACAUGCCCGACGCAGAUAUGUGGAUCGAAGCACACGACGCCAAAUUCUUCCCCAAGUCUGGCGCACCGAAGCUCGACCGCGUGUUCUGGGACAAACUCCUCGGCCACGUCUCUGCGACCACCGAUCUGCCUUGCGCAGCCUUCCACGAAGAGCUCCUAGCAGCAUAUCCGGAUGUGAAAUGCGUGCUUGUGGAGAGAGGAGUAGAGUCGUGGUAUAAAAGCUGGCAUGAUGUCCAGAUUGCGAAUUACGAUAGUUAUAUCUUUCCGUUUGUAGCUUACCUAGAUCCGGAUCUGAUCGGGAAAAUGUGGACGGUAGCGACGGACUGUGUACUGAAGGGUUUUGUGGGCGGGCAUAGCAAAAGGGAACUAGAGGAGAAGAGCCGGGACGCGUACAGAGCGCAUAAUCAAGCUGUGAAGCAUCAUGUGCCGAGGGCGCAGUUGCUGCUUUAUAAGCUUGGGAGUGGCUGGGAGCCGUUGUGUGAGUUCUUGGGCAAGCCGGUGCCGGAUGUGCCAUUUCCACGGGUGAACGAGACGGAAAUGGUGAAUGAGUAUGUGCAGGUCUUGAUCGGCAUGGGCUUCAAGCGGUUCCUGACGAGGUGGACUACGCUUGCAAGUGCAUCUGCAGUGGUGCUUGCAGGCGCUGGCUUCGCAUGGUGGAGCAGAUGA